CGUAAAUAUCAAAUAUCUAUCAUUACGAGAUAGUAAGGGAAUCUAUUUCUUAGUGUAUCAAAUCGUUUUUCAUUUUAUUUUACCCAUUAAAUUAUUUUCUGUUACGUUCAACGUCUCUUUGUUGAGCUUUAAAUUGAUUAAAUAAUUUACUAAAAUUAUGUCUCCAGUUGAAUCUAAUAAUGAUCACAAAAAAAAAAAAAAACAUAUUGAAGAAACAGAAAAAGUUAAAACCAAAAAAAUCAAAACAGAAAUCGUUGAAGAAAAUGAAAGCUUGAAUAAUUCCAAUAAUAUCGAAGGUACACUUAAAAAGAAAGAAAUAAAAUCUAAAAAGUCAAAGGAAUUACCUACAAUUAGUAUAGCUGUACCAGGUUCUAUUUUGGACAAUGCACAAUCUCCAGAAUUUAGAACUUAUUUAGCUGGUCAAAUAGCCAGGGCAGCUUGCAUUUACAAAAUUGAUGAAAUAAUAGUAUUUGAUGAUAUUGGUGAACAAACUAAUGUUAUGAUAGCUAACAAAAAAACUGAAGGUGGCUCAAAAACGUGUAAACAAUUAGCAGUUAUCUUACAAUAUUUAGAAUGUCCACAAUAUUUGAGAAAAGUUUUAUUCCCUCUACAUAACUUUUUGAAAUAUACUGGUGUCUUAAAUCCACUAGAUGCCCCCCAUCAUUUUAGACAAGAUGAUAAUGUUCCAUUUCGAGAAGGUGUAGUAUCUACACUUCCACCAAAAAAGGGAAAAGGUUGUAAUGUAGAUGUUGGCUUGAAAAAACAUGUUCUUGUUGAUCAAUGUAUUCAGCCAUAUGUAAGAGUCACUGUCAAAUUACUUCCAAAAGAUAAUGACUCCAAACGUCAAAAAGGAAUUGUAGUAUCACCCAAUACUCCAAAAAGUGAAGCUGGUAUUUAUUGGGGUUACAAUGUGAGAUGUGCUGAUUCUAUUAAAGAAGUGUUCACUAAGUGUCCUUAUCAUGGUGGUUAUGAUUUAAAAAUUGGAACAUCUGACAAAGGUGUUGAUAUAGAUAAAUGUGAUCAUAAUCAAUUAAAUCACUACAAACAUGCUUUAAUUUGUUUUGGCGGUGUUCAUGGACUAGAACAAGCUUUAGAAACUGAUACUAAUGUUGAAUUGAAAAACCCUGCUGAUUUAUUUGAUUUCUACUUAAAUACUUGUCCUGGUCAAGGUUCAAGGACUAUCAGAACUGAAGAAGCUAUUUUAAUUACUUUGGCGGAAUUGCGUUGUAAAAUUAAAUUGAAAUAAAUGUAUUAAAAAGAAUUA